GGGGCGGCGUGCCGCGGUCCGGGUGGCCCGAGCGGGUCCGCUGGGGGGUCACUCGCCGCCCGGGGCGCACCGCUAGCGGACGUGCCACUCCAGCGACGAACCGACGACCUCCGAGAGAACGACGCGCCUAGUGUCACUGGUUUGGGACGCUCGGCUAUAAAGAUGGUCCUGUGGAGGCCGGCCAGCCACCGGCCGGCUGCCCUGCUGGCUCUGGCAGCCCUGCUGGCGGUCACAGCUCAUGCCGCUCCCCUGGAAGAGGACAUCAGCCUGGACGAGCUGCUCAGUUCGCCACAGCAGUCCGCCCUGCCCGUACAGACUCGAAUCGAGCGGCAGGCGGAACGACGGCCUGAUGACGAUGAGGAACAACCAGGCAGCCCGGACUGCGCGUUCGGCAGCGGCGGCCGCGACUCGCUGUGCGACUACUCCAACCCCAACAUGUCUGUGCUGAUGUGGCGCAGCUCGACCGGAGCUGGGGCCAACUGGGUCGGAGGACCUCCGGAGGACGCCGACAAUGCCAAGGACGGUGGAUACGCCUUCUUUGAGACGUCCUCGAUGCCGACCGACGAGGAUGGAGCCAACACCGAGUCAGCCAUGCUGUACAGCCCAGAGAUGCCCAGUACAGGGGCGGCCGGCAAGUGCCUCAAGUUCCAGUACAGUAAGGCCGGUCUGAGCGUGGACCGUCUGCGCGUUCUUCUCCACCCCGUAUCAGACGACGAACGGGACGGCAGUACGGCCGACCACCGCGACGACAUCGUCAUCUGGGAGUCAGAUAGCGUUGACGACCAGGGCUGGACGCCCACCGAGAAACUCAUCACCUCCAGCCGGGACCACACGAUUGUGUUCGAGGCCAUCCCGCUGAAGGGUGAGAACCGCAACUACCGCGGCUACAUCGCCAUCGACUCGGUGCGUCUGACCGAGGGCUCCGACUGCGCCGACGAGUGCACCUUCAACGCCGACACGUGCACCUGGACACAGAGCGACGGCGACGACUUCCAAUGGACGAGCGCGCGCGGCACCACCAACCCCAAAACGGGGCCCAUGCGGGACCACGGCAGCAGCGUGAUCGGUGGCACGGCCGGAGGGUACGUCUACAUCGACGCGUCGCACCCGCGCCGGCCCGGAGACAAGGCUCGCCUGCUGUCCCGUCAGCUGCCGGCCACACAGAGCUCCGAGCCCAUGUGUUUCCGAUUCUGGACACACAUGCACGGCUCCGGUAUCGGCGCACUGCGGGUACUGAGAAUGGUCGGUGAUGACGAGAAGGUGCUGUGGACGCUGUCCGGCCCGUCCGGUAACCGCUGGUAUCAGGGCCAGGUGCCGGUGACCGCCUCCGAGCAGUACAAGAUCGCCAUCGAGGCGGAGGUCGGCGUUGACGACCUGGGUGACAUUGCCAUCGACGACGUGUCCCUGACACCGGGCGUGUGCCCAUCGGCGCCUCAGGCGGCCGCCCCCGACUCCAGCGACUGCACGUUCGAGGUGGACGAGUGCGGCUGGAUGAACCCGGGCCGUCGCGAGGGUCUGGACAGGAUCGACUGGCGGCGUAUCACGGGCCGGGACGCUCUGGCGCCGCGUACCGACCACACCCUGCGCUCGGAGCGCGGCUACCUGCUGCAGCUCACCUACUCGGACCCGCAGCGACCCGGCGAGUUCGCCUGGCUCAUGUCACCCACAAUGGAGGGCAGCGAGCGGCCGCACUGUCUCACGUUCAGGUACUACAUGGACGCCACGAUCCCGAGCACCUCUGGCUCCCAGGUGGGCUCGAUCCGCGUGCUGGCUCAGUACCGCGACGAGGACGAUGACCUGAUGACAAAGCCGCUCUGGUCAGUCCGAAACUCGCAGAACGUGCGCUGGAGCUACGGACAGACCACUGUCGACAUCCGCCAGAAGCACAAGAUCAUCUUCGAGGGCAUGUGGGGCCGCAGCGCCAAGGGCGCCAUCGCCCUGGACGAUAUCACCUUUGUGGACGGCGCGUGCGACCAGGAACCCGAGUACUCCAUGGUCACCGAGGGCGACUGCGACUUCACACGCGACUCCUGCGGCUGGCGCAACUCGACCACCGACAGCGACGAGCAACAGCGCUGGCGCCUCGCCACCGAGGACCGCAAACCGCGCAAACUCGAGGACCACACUCUGCACACCUCGGAGGGGUACACCUACUUCGACGCGUUCAACACCAACAAGAAGGACGCGGUGAAGCUGCGCCUGACGUCGCCGCCUCUCCAGCCGGUCGACUCGGAGCGUCUGCUGUGCGUUUCCUUCUGGUACGCGUCCCUAUCCCGCUCGGCCACGGCGACACUGAGUGUGGUGAGCCAGCCGGUGCCAGCCGAAGGCCAGGAGGUGAACCCUGACGACGAGCAGACGCUGUGGACCCUCGGAGCCGAGGAGGUGGACGAGGAAGUCACCUGGCGUCACGGCGAGGUGCAGAUGGACGCCAGCCGGCCGCUGCGCGUCGUCUUCGAGGGACGCGCCACCGACUUCGGAUUCGCUCUGGACGAUAUCAGCCUGCGCCGCGCCGCCUGCCGCAUUCGUCCAGCCGAAGCGGACCCGUCUCGUCGCGAUGAAGACGACGAUGAGGACAACACGGUUCGUCAGGAGGUCUAAGGGAGCGGCCGGCUGCUGUUUCGACAACACAGCCCGACCCGGCGCCGUCCCGGCCGGCUGAUGAGCUCCAUAGGCCGUGGAUAUGCGCCGCCCUCGGUGUCAUCGGGCAGUGUUGCCGUCAUUUUAUUCUAGCUGUAAUCGUAUUGAGGAGUGAGAUAGUUGUGAAUGUCCGGCAUCGCCACUCGACGUUGCGGGGCUGAGUAACACUGGUUCCUCAGUUGAGUAGGAUGUCCCGUACGAAGGCUACACCGCGGCUCCGUCCAGGCUCCCCAGAGCCCAUGCGCGCGUGUUGGCCUAUGUCUGUGUGAGUUUGGGAUCCGCGUGAGGCCUCGCCGGUGUACCACUUCCACAUAAGGAGACGGUGCUCCCCCAGUCCGCGGGGUCAGACCCUCCGUCCAUCCCGGUCAUUCAGCUCGGCAUUACCGUGAUAUUGUACUGCAUCACUUCAUAGCACUCCAUGUUAGCAUCACCCUCUCUCGUGACUGUAUUCUCAUACGGACUCGUAUUUUAGCAUAGUCGUAUUGUCUCCAUUUGUCUCGUUUGAUACACGCGGCCUUCAAAGUCUGUUUAUUCUGAAUCAUGUCGUGUUGUAAAGACCAUACCAAAGAGAAUACAUAUCAGUAGCACA